AUGUCGCAGAACAAAUUCUCGGAGGAAUGGCAAGAGGCUCUGCUGAACUGGGCUCGAAACCUCGUUACUAAAGCUCUCAAAAAGCCUGGCCCGGAAACGAUCGAAGACCUGUACAAUGGCGCCGUCUUCUCCGACUUGCUCGUCAUCUUGGACGAUGAGUACAAGUCCGAUGAACUUGAGGAGAACCUGUCGCUAGUCAGUCAGGACAAGCCCCUGGACGGCCGACAGCGAAACAUGCACAUUAUACGAAAAGCCCUUCGGAGCUUCGUCAAGAGGCAGCUCGAGGUGGUCGAAGUGCUGUUGGACGACGUGGAUUUCCAAGCGCUCGACAGAAAUCCCAAUAACGAGGGCAUGUGUCAGAUACUAUCCAUAUUCCUCGUUAUAAGUGUAAACCUGCCCGAUAAAUUUGUGUCGCAAGAGAUCCUCCAAGAUAUGCAGAAGACGUCCGAGGACAAGUCUAGGUUGGCCAGGCUCAUGCAAAUCAUGAACCAAUCUCAGAAUAGGAUCAACCAAGGGGACCAUGGAGACCAUGGAGAGCCAGCUGAGACUGCCCCAGCUCCCAGUUCGGCACCAGCUCAACCCGCCGGCAUGGACGAACUCGCCUUGGAGGCCGAAUUGGGCAAAUUGCACCGCGAAAUCGAAUCACUAAAGAAGCGCAACGCCGACCUUGUCACAGUACACGAGCGGCUGCAAGAAAGUCACCAGGAACUGCUCGAGCGCCACGACAGAGUGACCAUGGACAGAGACAAGCUCCAAGAGCUCCUCGAGUCGGGCGCAUAUGGAGACGGUGCCGAAAAGAAGAAGCAGCUGCAAGAGCAGAACAGACUUAUCGACAACCUGGAGAUGCAGCUGGAUGAUGCGCGCCGAGCCAAAGAGGAGCUCGAAAGAGUCAAGGUGCGGCUGGAAGCAGAGCUUAACAAGCUCGUACCACUGGCUCAGGAAUAUCAGGACUUGAAGCAGGAGAAUGAGGACCUGGCAAAGAAGGCAAAUGCUGCUGAGCAUUUGAAGCAGAAGUUGGAAAAGCUCAGGGGUCUUGAGAAUGAGGUCAAGAAGCUGAGAGAGGAGAGAAACGCCUUUUUCGAAAGCCAAGAGCACCUUAUGAGCUUCCAGAAGCAGGUCAACGCUCUGUCGGCCGAACGAGACCAGCAAGCCAGGAAUAUGCAGGCAUACGAGAUUCAAGUCUCAGAAUUCAAUGCCCAAAAGAUGGCCUGGAACAUGGAGUAUCAGAAGCUGCAGCGACAUCUGGAGACCAUGGAAACAAAAUCAAAGGAUGAUGAGGAGAUGGUAAGAGAGCUGCAAGAAAAGGUGAUGCUCUUGGACCCUUCGGCCGUAACCGACUCACCAUUCCCCGCACGGACGCACAGCCGCUCUCUCGAGGACGAACUGGAAGAUGACUCGGGCGAGAACCACACCUUGAAAGAUCUCGAGAUAGCUCGCCUGCAGACCGAAAACGCAUUGCUCAAAAGCAGCUUGGGUGGCGAGGGCGACAAGGGCCAGUUGUUCCGGCAGAUUGAGAAGGAACAGGACGCCCGCAAGGCAUUGCAAGAAAAGUACAAUGAACUCUUUGAAAAGCACAUUAUCGAAAGAGCUGCAUUGGAUGCUCUGACAGCCAAGCAAGAGGACGAAGCACUCGCCAACCUGCGGAAGCACGCAUUGGCUGAAGAGACACGUGUUAAAGAUUUGACGCGUCAGCUGGAAGCCGUUCAGACCGAACUUCAGGACAAGGAGCGAGCUCUGACCGAAGCUCAAGGCGACCUCAAAGCUGUUCAAGAUGGCAACGAUGCUCUUUCAGAACUAAAGACCACAGACGGCCUGCUAGCUCUUUCACUUCGAGCCGAGCUCGACUCCUUGCGCAAGAAGCAUGACAACUUGAAGUAUGACUUUGACUCACGCCAAGAACACCUCGUGUCUGCGUUGAUCGACAAGGACAUGUUCCGCAAGGAAGUCGAGGCCGCCAAUGCAGAGCUUCGCAAGGCGGCCGAGGGUGGUCAAGCUGUGAAUCCAGAUGUCACGAAGACGCUGGAGAAGAUCGAGAAACUACGCGUCAAGUACAAGCAGCUGAGCGAGCAAUACGAUAAAUCAGAGGCAGGCCGGCGCGAGCUAGAAAAGUCAAACAAGGCCUUGCGGGCUGGCUCGGGUGAGGGCGAAGACAAAACCAAGGAUCAAAUCAUUAAGAACCUCCAGCGGGAGAAUGCUAUGAUAUCCUCAGCCUGGUACGACCUAACGAGUCGUCUGCAAAGUAACCAUGUGGUACUUCAAAGAAGAAAUGAUGCACCCAAGAGCUGGCUCAACAAGCAGAGGCAAUUGGUCAAUGCUACACCGAGGAGAUAG